ACGCUUUCAACUCUCUCAUUUCUCUCUCCUGCUUUAUCUCUAGCGUAUAUGUAUGUAUACAUUGUGUAUAGUAUGUACAUAUGUAUGUAGAGGUAUACAUACGCACUCUCUCUCUUGAGCAACAACAAAAAGAAGGGUAGAGAAAAGCCAAGGCAAGGCCACCUGUUGGUUCAUUCCAUAAACCACCAACAAAAACCACUGCCACUUGUGAUCAAAAAUUUGUUACAGAAAACCCUUCAAGAAUAUUGUAUCUUUCGCAUUAGUUUCUCUCUUAUCUUUCUCUCUCUUUCAGAUCACUUUUCUACCUUUUUCACCAAAUGGGUUUUUGGUUUUAGGCCCUCUAUUGAGUUAUAUGCGUACACAUACAUUGGGAGAAUCCAACUAGAUUCUAUACAGAGAUCACCGGAAUCUGAAACAGAGAAAAAACCCUUUCUGGACUGAUCUCUAUGCUCGUGUAGAGAUAUAAAAAAGAUUGGGUUUUUAUCUUUGAGGGAAGGAACACAAGAAAGAUUGGAGUUUUUUUUAUUUAUAGACUUGAGUCGGAAUUCUUCUGUGGAUAGCUGUUUAUUGUUUCUUUAUUGUAGCAAAUUUUGGGCCUUUUGUGUUUGUGGGGUUUUCUUGAUUCCAUGGCUGCCGGUGCAGAGGUGUCUGGUGAAGCAGCAGUAUUGGGAAUGGAGUCCCCUGCUGCUGUUCUUGAGCCUUCAUCACCAAAGAACACCAUUCCCACCAGUGAAAAGAAUCUUGAAAAAUAUGAUAAUUCCAAUACUGAGAAGGCUGGGGAAACUGAUGUAGCUGAUGGUGUUAAGGAGUCUGAUUUGAAUUCCAAUUCAGGUUCGAAAUCGGAACUUGAAAUGAAGGAACUUGUGGAUAUGUGGAAGAAGCUGAAGUUGAACCCCCUGGCCAAGGAGUUUGUUCCUUCCUCGCAUUAUCAAGGCCAAAUGGGGGCUUUCAAUUUUGUGCCUAUCAAUAAGAAUUUGGGAAAUGAUGGUUUCCCGAAUCAUCAAAGGAGAAGAAAUAACUACAACCAGGGUCGGAAGAGAAUGAAUGGCAGAGCGUUCAGAGCUCAAAGAGAAGAUAGCAUUAGACGAACUGUCUAUGUUUCGGACAUUGAUCACAAUAUCACGGAGGAGCAGCUUGCUGCCUUAUUCAGCGCCUAUGGACAGGUUGUUGAUUGUCGAGUUUGUGGUGAUCCACAUUCCCGUCUUCGCUUUGCUUUUGUAGAAUUUGCUGAUGAGUAUUCUGCAAGAGCUUCUCUUAGCCUGUAUGGAACGCUGUUAGGUUUCUCUCCUGUCAAGGUCUUGCCUUCUAAAACUGCGAUUCUUCCUGUGAACCCUACAUUCCUCCCCAGGUCAGAGGAUGAACGUGAGAUGUGCGCCAGAACAGUCUACUGCACAAACAUUGAUAAGAAGGUUUCUCAGGCUGAUGUCAAGAAUUUCUUUGAAACAAGAUGCGGUGAGGUUUCCCGCCUGAGGCUAUUAGGGGAUCAGAUGCACUCUACGCGAAUUGCUUUUGUUGAAUUUUUCAUGGCUGAGAGUGCAAUAUUGGCCCUUGAUUGCUGUGGUGAACUUCUUGGAUCUCAACGCAUCAGGGUAAGUCCAUCAAAGACGCCUGUGAGGCCACGAGUUUCCCGCCCUGGAGCACAGUAAUCUGAUAGAGAAUCCUUAUCAGAGAAGGGAGUUGGCAUUUGUUCUCUUGGGGAGAGACUACUUCAAAAAUGAAGUGGUGGUGAAACUUAUCUCUGUUUCCGUUGUUUUCCUUUCUGAGAACAGUAACCUUUUCUUGCUACUUACUAAACUCUUGAUGUUCAUCUAAGUUUAACUGGGAUGGCCCCGGACUUGAGUACUUAUUACUCCAAUUGAUCAUCUAAUGCUACUAGCUUCAGUAGAAAAAUGGUAAUCUGGAACUUUUUCUCAGUGCAUUUACUCUGAAUUGGCAGUGAACAUUAGGCUUC